GUAUAUUGUCUAAUGGUGAUGAUAGUAAUGAAGAUGUUGAUAGUGAAGAUAAUGAUAAUGAAGAUGAUGAGGAUAAUAAGGGUGAUGAAGAUGAUGAGGAUAAUAAGGGUGAUGAGGGUAAUGUAGGUGAUGAGGAUAACGAAGACAAUG